AUGUGGGAACUUCGCUCAGCCUCCUUCUGGAGGGCCAUUUUUGCUGAGUUUUUUGCCACCCUUUUUUAUGUCUUCUUUGGGCUGGGGGCCUCGCUACGAUGGGCGCCCGGCCCUGUACACGUCCUGCAGGUGGCUGUGGCCUUUGGACUAGCCCUGGCCACGUUGGUGCAGGCAGUAGGCCAUGUCAGCGGAGCCCAUGUCAACCCCGCUGUCACCUUCGCUUUCCUCGUGGGCUCCCAGAUGUCCCUGCUCCGCGCCCUCUGCUACAUUGUAGCCCAGUUGCUGGGGGCUGUUGCUGGGGCUGCGGUGCUGUAUAGUGUUACCCCCGCAGCUGUCCGUGGGAACCUGGCGCUCAACACGCUCCACCCUGGGGUAAGCGUGGGUCAGGCCACUAUCGUGGAGAUCUUCUUGACCCUUCAGUUUGUGCUCUGCAUCUUUGCCACGUUUGAUGAGAGAAGGAAUGGACGCUUGGGUUCUGUGGCAUUAGCUAUUGGUGUCUCUCUCACCCUGGGGCACCUGUUUGGGAUGUAUUAUACAGGUGCAGGCAUGAACCCUGCUCGAUCCUUUGCUCCUGCUAUCCUCACCAGGAACUUCAGCAACCACUGGGUGUACUGGGUAGGCCCGAUCAUCGGGGCAACCCUAGGUGGCCUCCUCUAUGACUUCCUCCUCUUUCCCCGGAUCAAGAGUGUCUCAGAGAGACUAACUAUCCUCAAGGGUAUCAGGCCCAAUGACUCUGACGGGCAACCAGAGAUCACUGGGGAGCCUGUUGAGCUAAAGACCCAAGCCCUAUAGGGGCCUCAAUAGGACUGAGGUGGACAAAGGCUGUUUUGUUUUGGUGGCAGGGGGAAAGCCAGUCCCCAGGGGAAUGGGGGGCAUGUACCUCUUUAUUUUUUUAUUUAUUUGUGGGGGCAAGGUGUUUGUUUUUUUGCUGUGUGAGAUCUGGUUAGUGCAGAUACCACCCCCCACCAUGCCAUGGUUACAUGCUUAUGCAUAUGUAUGUGGAUGUGUGUGGCCAUGUAUCUGCUUGUGUUUAGGGGCAUGAAAGUUGGGGGAAGGAAAAGGGGUUUGUGUGUCACCCUAUGCUUCUCUUGCCUAACCCCACAACCCACUCGGGUGUGCAAAGGGUAAGGGCAGACCUAGCACCCUAAAUUUCCCCUCUUCAUUGUACUGCCAGCUGUGCAUGGCCCUUGAUUUCCAACUGCAGGGGUGGUGGGGGCUGCUCCCAAAGGUGAGAGACAACUUCAGAGAGGCAAAGGACCAGAAUUUUGGGGUGGAGAAGCUCAGCAUCUCUAAGGGGGUGAGGCCAAGACUUUGUCGAUGAGAGGGAUUCCAAGUAGAGGAUGGAACAGAAGCUUCAGACCAAGUUGUAGCUGGACCAUGUAGAGCUAGAGAGACAUGAUAGGUGAAGACAAUGAAUUCUCCCCAACUCAGAGCUACUUGCCUGGUGGGUAGACUGGCUGCUUGGGAUGAGGGCAUACUCCUCAGGUUUGGGCUAUUUUGUAAAGCAGCAUAAACCCCUCUACACAAAAUGGCUGGGUUGCGUUUUCAUUCUGGGACAGGGGUGGGUGGAUCCCAGGGCUAGCUCUC